AUGGCUUCGUUCGGGAAGCUGACGGAGUACUUCAGCCUGAGGAAGUCGAGGACAGAGCUGCGCUCUGGGUGGCGGGGCCGGCGGAGCGGGAGCUAUUGCUGUAGUGUCACCGAGUGCAGGUCUCUGGACAGAAAGCUGCAGCGACCGCUCCUGGGGAAGUCCCGGACGCUGCCCAGCAUCCCACAGUCCCCGGUCCUGAGCAGGCUUCCCCUCCUCGACUCCACGGCGUACAGGGAGGAGAUGCCGGAGCAGAAGCCCUACAAGAAGCACUCUGCCUCCGACCACCAGAAAGGCUGCACGGUCCCUUCUGCCGGAGAGGCAUGGCGACUGGAGGAUGACUGCGCAGACCCCCCCAGGGACCCCCAGCUUGGCACGGCGGUGGAGGACGCCCCAUUCAGCUACUUCCGCACCCGCUCCUUCUACAUGAGGAAGAGCCUGUCGGUCGACAACCACCUGGGCUCCCUCGGCUAUGCCGUCCACCCGGCAGAGACGAAGGCCGAGCGCGUCAAGACCAAGCUGCGGCGGCAAUUUGCAGCCACUGGCUCGGAGGUGGCUGUGGCUCAGCCAGACAGCGCGCGGGGCGAGCACCGUGUCUCCGGGCGCUGCAGUCCAAAGUAUGAAAUAAGGCUGGAAUGCGGAGGGAGCACCGGCAGAUCCUGCUCCGGCCCCGGUCCCCAGGAGCGGCCGCCCUUCCCGUGUCUGCUGGAGCUGGCGCAGGCCAGCAAGCCGCCAGGCCCUUCCUCACCGAACGCAGCCAAGAGGCUCUACCGAAACUUGUCGGGGAAAUUCCGUGUCAACUACACAUCCUUCGAUGAGAGCAGCCUGGCGGGACGGGGCGAGAAGGAGAAGCUCCGCAAGUCCUACCUGUUUCAGAGCAAUGCUGCCCUCUUCGAGGCCGUGGAGCUGCAGGACCUAGACAGGGUCCAGGAGCUGCUGAAGCAGUACAGUCCUGAGGAGCUGGACCUCAACACCCCUAACAGUGAGGGACUGCUGCCCCUGGACAUCGCCAUCAUGACCAACAACGCCCCCAUCGCUAGGGCCCUGCUGCAGGCAGGAGCCAAGGAGAGCCCACACUUCAUGAGCCUGGAGAGCCGCUCACUGCACCUCUCCACGCUGGUGCGGGAAGCGGAGCAGCGUGUCAACGAGCUGACGGCGCAGGUGGUGAACGAGGCGCCCAACACCGACUGCUCUGAGAAAGAGAAGCAGCUCAAGGCCUGGGAGUGGCGAUACCGGCUUUACAAGCGCAUGAAGGCAGGGUUUGAGCAUGCCCGAGUGCCAGACGCCCCCACCAACGUCCACCUCUCCGUGGCCAGCAGCUCCUCGGUGCAGGUGACCUUUUGGGAGCCUCUAAGCGUCAAUUCGGCUGUCGUCACCAAGUACAAAGCUGCCUCCAGCUCCGGCGAGCUGAAGAACCUGCACUUCACCAUCCACGGGCUGGUGUCGGGCACAGCUUACUACGUCCAGGUGUCUGCCUACAACAUGAAGGGCUGGGGUCCCCCGCAAGCCUCCGUGCCCCCUUUCGCCAUCCCUUCCAACUGGCGGGAGUACGACGGCCGGGCUCCACGGCGAAGAGGGCAAGCUGAAGCUCUGGACCAUCUGCUGGGCCAGGUGAAGACCGUCCACCAGCACUGUGUUUGCCAUGAGCCCUGCAAGAACCAGCCCCAGAGCAGGAAGCACUCGGUCUCCAAGAGCCUCAAGCACCUCUUCCAUGCUGGCAGCAAGUUUCUCAAGACCCUGAAGCGGGGCCUCUACCUGACAGCCAUCUUCUACAAGGAUGACAACAUCCUGGUGACCCAUGAAGACCAGAUCCCCGUGGUGGAGAUUGAUGACACCUACUCCUGCCUGCUCAUGCAAGAUUUUCUCUGGUUCACCAAGGUGUCAUGCAUGUGGGACGAGAUCCUGUGGCUGCGGCAGUGUGUCACCGUAUCCCAGUCGUCCUGUUCCUGCAUCCUGCAGACACGCUUCAAGAUGCUGCUGGCCAUCUCGCAAAUGCAGGGGUUGCUUGGCAUCCAGGACCUGGGGCAGGUCUUCUUUGAGCCCGUCAAAGACAAACAGGGCAACAUCCUCAUCGUCACCCUGAAGGAGGUGAAGACCAACCAGACCUUUGAGAGUGUCCGCUGGGUUCCCAUCUGCAAGCUGCAGACCACCCGCAAGUCUGUGUCCUCCCCAGAGGAGCCCACCGCUCUGGACACACUGCUGAUCUCCGUCCAGGACAAGCUGGCUUACCACCAGCGGAGCAGCCAUGCCCUCUCCUCGGGCCUCUACCUGGGCUACUUGAAGCUCUGCAGCGCCGUGGAUCAGAUCCGAGUGCUGGUGCCGGAGCAGCUCCCCAACAUCCUGUGCCACGUCAAGAUUCGCUCCAACCCCAACAUCUCCAGGGAGGAGUGGGAAUGGCUGCAGAAGAUGGCCAGUGUGGAGGAGCCCAUUCCUGUGGAGCCAGAGGCUGACACCCCCCGGAACCACUUGUUUCAGGAGCUCCAAGUGGCCAUCAAGGAGCUGAUGACUCUGGUCAACAUCCCGUUGCAAGAGGCCAAAGAUUUCCGUCUGUACAGUCAAGAGGUGCUGGACUUUGGAGGCCAGGUCUCCUUCCUGCUGCUGCUGCCUCCAUCAGAUGAUGUCUGCACUGCUCCGGGCCAGAACAACCCCUACACCCCUCGCUCUGGCUUCCUCACGCUGCCACUGCAGAUCUUUGAGCUUGUCCACUUCUUCACAUAUGACCGGGAAUUCAUCACCCAGUACUGCCAGGUGUCCGCCCUCCUGGAGCUGGAGUCGCUCCUCUCUCAGCAGAGCCUCAGGGAGGCCUUCUCUGAUGCUGAGCUCUCCACCGCCAAGCAGAGGCACCAGCAGGUCCAGGACUACAUCCAGCAAAUGGAGGAGAUCUGGCGUGAGAUGCGCUGGAUCAUGGAUGCCCUGCAACACGCCCGGUACAAGCAGCCCUCCUGCGGCGUGUCUCUCAGCGGCUUCCUCAGCGAGGCUGGCGCAAAUGGAGGAGAUCUGGCGUGA